AUGGACAGUAAUAAUCAGCCAGUACCUGACUUGGAAAUGGCAAUUAAAAGAAGUAUGUUAGCAAAGAAUAAAUUAGCUAUGAUUGUGAAGCAGCCUAGUGGUGAUGUCAACUACUCCUGUGUGGAGUGCUCAUCACUGUUUUUAUAUAAAGAAGACCUUGAACAACAUCUACUCCUUCAUAACAGAGAGUAUAGAUACCUCUGUGGGAUAUGUGGAACUGGGUUGAAACGCAAGGAGCAUUUGGACAGGCAUACCUUAGAACAUCAGGAGGUUAGGCCUCAUAUCUGCCCUCAUUGUGGCAAGGGUUUCAAGAGAAAAGAGCAUAUGACCAUCCACCUCUCUAUCCAUGGCGGAGACAAGAGUGAGACCUGUCCUGUGUGCCAUAAAACAUUCUACAGAAAGGACCAUUUGAGAAAACAUCUGCAGACGCACACGAAAGUGUUUGUAGAACAGAAUAGUGAAUUAGUUGGGGAGCACGGGUUCGUGGAGGUUAAGCAAGAGAUCCUCGACGAGUACAGCACACAGGCUAAUGAGGAUGAAGAACAGCCAGCCACAAUGAUGCACCCAAUCAGUAAUUAUGAGGCUACCACUACUACAGAAGAAAGAUUCAGCAAUUCGGAUAAAAUAAUACAAUCUGCUCCUAGACCUUUUAAGUGCCUGGUUUGCCAUAAGACGUACAAAAGAAAGGAUCAUCUCAAGAUACAUAGCUGGACGCAUUUGAAAAAAGAAAAAACGUGCAGCGAGUGCGGAAAAGCUUUCCAUACUGACGAGCAUCUCCUUGAGCAUAUGAGCAUCCACCUCCAGCCCUACACCAUAUACGAGGGGCCUGGAGAAUACAUACAUGACGAAACUAUCAACCAUAACAAUAGUUCAGAUAAUAGUCUUUUGGUAGCCCGUCAGAACAUGGAGAGUCGUCCGCACGAGUGCGAGAUCUGUCGCCGUCGGUUUAAGAGGAAACAACACCUUAAAGUACACAUGAAGGUGCACUCCAAACAGAGUGACGACGCUAUAUGGUGCUCAUACUGCGGGGAAGGAUUCCUUGCUAACGAGCAGUAUGAGAGGCACCAGUGCCAGUUCAUGUCACAGGACGAUGACAUAAAGAACGAACCGAGUGAACAGAACGAGCAGUCUUCCGAACCAUUGUAUCCACAAAUUGCACUACAAGAACAUAAAAAAGAAAAUAAAUACCCCGCGGAAUAUAUGGACUUAGGAGAGUUGGCAGCGAUAGAAAGCAUACAGUACUUAAACGUUGUAGAGAAAGAGAUCCCUGUCCCGCAGCGGGUGUUUGUCUGCAAGUACUGCAACAAGCCGUUCAAGAGGAAAGACCACUACAAGAUACACUUGAACAUACACACCGGCAUCAAAUCCUUCUUCUGCACCAAAUGUGGGAAAGGGUUCUACCGCAAAGACCACCUGCAGAAGCACAUGUCAGUUCACAACAAGAAUCCGAAGCCUAAGAAGGAGGUCCCCGCCCUGGUCCCCAUCCACCAGGUACCUAAGAAGACCACGGUGAUGCCUGAAAUCACGAUACAUGCACCAUCGACGGCGAAGCUGCGUGUGCCUCUGCAAAUCAAAGUACCUUACCAAAUGAUUGUGUCGAUGGACAACGGAGAGCAGAGAGAAGUUACCGUCGACCCUCAAGCUUCUGAUCCCAACUAA